AUGGCGGCCUGCGCAGGCGACGCCCGAGGCGCCGCCGCGGCCCGGUGCCCGACGCCGCUCCGGCGCCUCGGCGCGGGCGCGGGCGCCUCCGCGCAGCGCGCGGCCCGCGAGCGGCUCCAGCUGCGGGCGCGCGAGCGGGCGAUCUCGGAGGCCGCGGCGUGCCUCGCGGAGGCCGGCGAGCGGCUGCUGCAGAUCGGCGGGGCCCACGCGGCCGCGCUCGGCAGCUGCGGCGUGUUGGGCGCCCUCGGCCGCGCCGGGCUGGCGUUCGGCGCGCUGUCUGACGCCCUGGACGGCGGAGCCCUCCUGCCAGGGGCGCGCGGCGACGGGGACGAGCACGACCGGGGGUCCAGGCGGGCCGAGGCAAUCGACGAGUGCAGGGGCAUGUGGGACGCGACGGCGGCCGCGGUGGAGGCGCUCGCAGGCCGCCUGCGCCAGCCCGGCGAGGCGGAGCGGCCGCAGCGAACCCGGGGCCGCCGCGGCGGGGGGGCGGCGGCCCGCCAUUUCUACAUCGGGGACGGGUGCGCCGCCGAGCCGGACGCGGAGACGGAGGCCGCCCACACGCCUCACCCGGCGGGCAGGGCGUCCUCUCGACCGGCGCCCUCGCCGCAUCGGGCCCGCCGGCGCGCGGGCGCGGCAAGCGCUGCAGCUUGCCGGCCAGGCCGUCGGAGGGCUCCGGCUCGCCAGCCGCCGCGCAGCCGCCCAGCUACCACCUCUUCGCGGGCGGGUGCGCUGCCAUGGACUGGCCCCUCUCCCGGGCGGAGAUGA